AUGGCGGAUAAACCAAAGGCGACGCCAACCGUCGUGACCUCGUUCGCGAAGAACCCCCUCGUCACCCCCUUUGUCCGCCCCAACGACUGCUCCAACAUCUACCGCUCCGGCUUCCUCUCCGUACUCGACGUCGCGCCGACAUGCAUGCCCGAGGCCUUCAAUAGCGACCCCACCUUUUACUUCUCCCCAGUAUACAAGGACGACGUCACGUUAUCCUGCGUCAAGACUGCGAGUCUGCAGAGCGUCUGGUCCACCCUCUUUUGCACGUGGAUCGCGCCCGAGGAGACGUCCCUACCCAUCGUCCUGAGCGAAGAUGGCGUGACGAGUACCGUGAUGAGCGGCUUCACGAGCCCCGGCGGCCUCAACGCGUUUGGCGUGCGCAUGGUCUACCAGAGCUCUGACGUGGAAUCCAGGACCGGCACCGAUCUCGGGGCUCUUCAAGGCGCCACCAUCGCCAUUGGUGUCGUGGUCCCCGUGGUGGCGCUCGCCAUCAUCGGCGCCCUGAUUUUCUACUGGCGGUCGCGCAAGCGCCAGAGGGCUGUCGAUGUCCCGCCCGCUGGAGGCAGCACGCAGUACGGCCAAACCCCGUACGGCGAGAUGCAGCAGAAGAACGUUGCGCAAGCAGAACUCCCCGCCGCCACGCCUGUUUCGAACUCCCCGCCGCUCCAUAUCAAGGAGAACCGGCGGAACUGCCUGCGGAAGCGUCCAGAAGAGAUGACACGGGGAGAUAUGCAUAGACUCGAAAACUGA